AUGUCUAGGUCAAUACGUCUUGUACUAUGCCUAGCAACUGCAGAAGCCCUCCUCCUGAUACCGGCCGAUUCCCCAGCAGAUGCUUCAAGUCAAUUCCUUCCACCCACCCUCACAUCAAGCCUACUGUUAGCGACUUCUAGCGGCGGACAGAUAGAUACAACAAUAGUAACAGAAACUGUGCAAUAUCAGACUACGGUCUUCGAAGUUGUCACCGACACUGUCUUUAGCUCUUCUUCACCAUCCACCCCAACACCGACUACUGAGUCGACAUAUCCCGCGCUUCCAUCACCGUCCAACGGAACCUCAUGGUCGGCGCCUGCAGAUAUGAUUGAUCUAUCCUCUUUCAAGGUCACAUAUUUUCCUGCUGGUUGGCAAAACGUCGAACUCGUUUCUGGUAUCCCCGCGACGGCGAGUGCCACAGGUACAGCCUUGUCAGCAGAGUCCACAGCGAGCACGCCGUCUUGGGAUAACUCUUCGUCAAUCCUACAACUCAUGUACCCGGCGGGUUCGAUAAACCCAGCAAGUCAGCCACAAGGCGGAGCCGAGUUUUAUGCAUCACCGCUGAAAGGGAUGACCAAGGCCCAACAGAUGGUUCUUACAUACAGCGUCUUCUUCCCCGUAGACUUCGAUUGGGUCAGAGGCGGCAAACUUCCUGGUCUCUACGGAGGGCGCGAGCAUUGUUCCGGAGGGGUUGACGCGACCGAUUGCUUUAGUACGCGGAUGAUGUGGAGGCAAGGUGGCGCUGGUGAAUUGUACCUGUAUGCUCCGAAAGAUAAACAAACCUCCGAACUGUGCGGAGACAAUCAAUCCGUCUGCGAGUCUACAUACGGGCUUUCUAUUGGCCGAGGGUCGUUUAAUUUCAACGCAGGCUCUUGGACUCAUCUGAAACAGACCGUCACCCUCAAUAGACCUGGGAAGCCAGAUGGUUACUUCGCUUUGGAUGUCGAUGGGAAACGAGUUAUCGAGCGGAGCGACAUAUACUAUAGAGGCAUGCCGGCGCCAACCAAGACGAUUAAGAAGCCGGUGGUAAAGAAACCAGAGCAAGGCGGAGGGUUGCUCGGUCCCAUUCUUGGCGGGAUCCUCCCCAAACGAGCUAUCGAGCGUCGUUCUUUGAGGAUUGUACCGGGCAAUCAGGCAGUAAUGACCAGCGAUGAUUCGAUGGAAGUCUCUACGGAGAACGUGGACGACGAGGGACCAAUGUUAUUGGCAGGACAAGCAGACUCAAGUGAACCAGUUGGAUUCAUUGGGUUAUUUUUUAGUACUUUCUUUGGUGGGCACGAACAAAAGUUUGCGACCCCGCGAGAUCAAUAUGCCUGGUUUAAGGACUUUUCAAUGUCAUACUAG